ACCAUUUCAGCCAAUGGCGUAAGGCCAGAGUCGACGCACCUUACCCAAGCCACGCCCCCUAACAGCUUCUUCCGCAUCAUGAAAGCGGCUGAUUUAUUAACGAAGUCGAUUAGAAUUAAAGUGAGGAAUAAACGCGCUCAGGGGCAAAAGGGGUACACAGAAGAUGGAGAACAGGAGAGGACGAGGUACCUGUCGUGGUUCACUUAAGGAAGUAAACAUGAAGAAUCGAGACACCACAGAGACUGGAGGAGACGUUCAUGAAAGCAGGAACGGAAGUGUGGAGCUGAAAGGGAAGCUGCGUCUGGGGAAGAAAGCCGAGCAGCUGAAAGAGAACUUGAUUCAGCACUUUGACUCUCAGCUGAAGGAGUUUGUGGAGUCUCUGAUAGACGAAUCUCACACACUGGACUCUUCAUCACUGUCGUCUUCCUCACAGCCCCCUACAGACAGUGAGAGAAGUGAGCUGAGGUCUUCUCAGGCUCAGAGUAAACAGUUUGUGGUGCGUCGCUCCUUGUUAGACGAGCUGUUUGAGGUGAAUCACAUCCGGACGAUUUAUCACAUGUUCAUCGCCCUCCUCAUCCUCUUCAUCCUCAGUACAUUAGUUGUAGACUUCAUAGAUGAGGGCCGGUUGGUGCUGGAUUUUGACCUGCUGGUGUUUGCGUUCGGUCAGUUUCCCCUCGUCGUCGUCUCGUGGCUCUGCAUGUUCCUCUCGGCGCUCGUCGUUCCCUUCGCACUUCUCCGUUGGUGGGCGGGGUCUUAUUCCUCAUCACACCACCGACACUUCUACUCGUUCAUCGCCGUGACGUUCCUGCUGCUGUACCAAAGCCUCGGACUUGGUUUCCUGCCUACUUACAUUGUGCUGAAAAACAGCCUUCCUCCUGCGUCCUGCUUCAUCCUCAUUCUCGAGCAGGUGCGUCUGAUGAUGAAGGUCCAUUCCUUUAUCAGGGAGAACGUGUCCCGCGUGUGGUCUUCAGCCAAAGGAAGCUCAGCUUCAGGGGCAGAACCUCGUCUGAGCUCCUACAUUUACUUCCUGUUUGCACCCACUCUGAUCUACAGAGACAGUUAUCCAAGAAAUCCGUGUGUUCGAUGGAGUUAUGUGACCACCCAAUUUUUACAGGUUCUUGGAUGUUUAUUCUACGCCUAUUACGUGUUUGUGCGUCUCUGCAUUCCUCAGUUUCACAAUGUGAACAUGCAGCUGUUCGACCUCAGAGUGAUGGUGCUCUGUAUCUUCAACUCCAUAUUGCCAGGAGCACUGAUUCUCUUCUUGGCCUUCUUUGCCUUUUUACACUGCUGGCUCAAUGCGUUUGCUGAAAUGCUGCGUUUUGGAGACAGAAUGUUUUAUAGGGACUGGUGGAACUCGACGUCCUUUGCUAAUUACUACCGCACCUGGAACGUGGUGGUGCACGACUGGCUUUACAGCUACGUGUAUCGGGACCUCCUGUGGAUGACUCGGAAACGUUUCCGAGCGACCGCCAUGUUUGUCGUUUUCACCGUCUCGGCCGUGGUUCACGAGUACGUGCUGGCCGUGUGCUUCGGGUUCUUCUACCCCGUCCUCUUCUGUCUCUUCAUGUGCUUCGGAAUGCUGUUUAACUUCGUCCUACAUGACAGGAGAACUGGACCUGUGUGGAACAUCAUCGUGUGGACGGCUCUGUUUCUGGGUCUCGCCGUUCUGCUGUGCCUUUACUCUCAGGAGUGGUAUGCACACAAAUACUGCCCCCUAGUGGAGCCUUCUUUUCUUGACCUGCUGAAGCCGAGGUCGUGGAGCUGCUACGUCCGCACCAGCCGCGCCGCAGGAGACGCCUGAGCUUCUGACACUCUGUCAGUUUUUUGCACUGUAGUCACAAGCGCUUUGAGUGACAAUCAGAAUUUUAACAGUUUUAACAGAAAGGAUUAAAUAUUUUAAUACAUAUCUAUAUAUAAAGACACGUCGCACCGAUACGAGGUCCGUUACUGCGCUGCUUUUGUUCUGAUAUUUGAGGUGAAAGCUGACGCUUUUCAGAGACCGUUACACCAUGAAGACUCUUCUAAAAGGUUCCUGACGAGUUCUUGGAGGCUUCAGCUUUUCAUCUCGAGUGUAUUUCUGAGACUCUGUAGGAGUUUUGGAUCCUCGUGACCUUGAUGAGGUUCAGGACUUCAGGACCAGGCCUCUGCUCAGGGAUCUUAACGUGACCCUUUCAUUGUAAAUACUUUUAUUGUUUUUAAUUCUCCAGGAUGUGAUGAUUAUGGAGCUCUUAUGAGGAAUCAUUCUAACUCUGUUGUGAUUAUGAGUUUUACUGAUCAGCUCUGGACCAGAGACAGACUGUGGUGCUCGUGCUGGAGCUCCUGAGUUUAUACUGUAAAAAGUCUGAAAGUUUCUCUAAGUCAUCAUGUAGAGAAGAAAUAAAAGGUCAUCUGUUA